AUGUGCCUGUGCAGAGAGGUGUACACCGAGCCGGGGCCUGGGCCGCCUCUGACGGGCGGGCGGCUGGGAGGGCACCUCUGCUUCCGCGGCUUCGGUCCUGCCAGCGCCUUCACCACGAAGCUGAAUUACUGCUAUGACUAUUCAACUCUGCCGGGACCCAAUCCCACCCACCAAGUUCACCAGCUGCCCCAGGAGCCCCCCAACCUGGGCCAGGAGCCCCAGCCUCUGGGAUGGGUGGGCAGCACUGCGGAACCCACCCAGCUCCGGGACCAGUCUCAGGGCCCAGGAAGGCUGCAGUCCUUUUGUGCGCCGGGCCCCCGCUGGCCGGGUGCCCCGGGAGCCCUCGGCCGCCACGGACCCCCGGCCCCGGCCCCCCGGCGCGCGGCCGCACCCCUCCGCCCCGGCCCGGGCCUCGCCCGCCGGAGCCGCUUCCCCAAGGUCAUGCGGGAGGCCGGGGCCGGAGGCCCGCCACCCCGCCGCCCGCCCGGCCCGCGCCCUCCCCGCCCAGGCCGCGCUCGGCCACUUCCUGCUCCCGCGCCACCAUUCCGGCCGCGCGCGGCCCGCGCCCCGGCCCGGGCGGCCACGAACAAAGCGGCCCGGCCGCGGGGAGGAAAUCCGGGCCCCGGCGGCGGGCGGCGGGCGGGCGGGGACUCACCGGGCGCCGCGUCCGACGAGAGCGCGGGCCUAGCCGGGCCGCGGCCUCCGGCGCCCGCUGCUCCGCAUCCCCGCGGGCCGGCCGGCCGGGGCCGGGCUGGAGGCCGCGGCGGGCGCUGCUCGGGCGGGCCUCGCGCGCCGCCGGGCCCGGAGCUCGUGCGCGGCCGCCGGCUUGCUCCUCGGGAUGCGCUGGCUGCGCGGCUGCGCUGGGCCGGCCGCCCGCCCGCCGCGCUCAGCCCCGCCGGCCCGCCCUCUCCCCGCCCCGCGCCCGCCCCGCCCGGCCGCCCGCCCACAUCCGCCUCCGCCGCCCGGGGCGCCCCCUCCGCGGGGAGCGGGAGCGCGCGGCGGGAGGCCCUGGGGCCGGGCCGGGCCGCUGGCGGAGCCCGGGCUCUCCCGCCCCGCCCCGGGGACUAUGUCCGGGCCGCGGCCUCCCUGGCCUCAGUUUCCGAGUCUUGUCCGGCGAGCCUGCACUUCUCGGCCCAGUCCGGCCCCGACCUUGUUAACAGGGCCGGCUUUCUGCCUCCCUCCGGCGGGAGCAGGGCUGGAGUGUGGCCAUCCUCGCCAUCAGAAGACAGACAGCGCCUGGGCCAGGAGUGUCUCCGCGGUGGUCAGGCCUCCUCGGCCUGGCCCGUGUCCAGGCGCUGCCGGCCCUCAGGCAGGACUCAGGGGCCCGAGGCCCGGGCUGCCUGGUCUCCGCAGCAGCUGCAGGGCGGGGCCUCGAGGCAGCUCCCGGGCCAGAUGGCCGCCUGGCUGGCUGAGUCCAGCGACGUUCGGCCCCCGCCGUUGCGACAGCCUCCUGCCACCCCUGGCCCCAAGGAGCCCUUUGUCCCACCAGCCAGGCAGGGCAGGCCAGGACACUCUGCCCACCCCAGGGCCUUCUCUCCCGGCCUGGCUGGGGAGCUGUGUGCCCGGCCUGGGCAGGCUCAUUCCUUCACCCAGGACCUAGGUGUCCCCCCACACCUUCACGUGGUGGCCUUGCACCUGAAAGGCCAACCCAGCUCCUUCAAGGUGUCAUCUCUCCCAGAACACUACCCCCUCACCCCUCCCAGCCCCCAGUCCGGCUCUGGGCUUUGGGUGCAGUUCCCUCUCUCUCUAUCACUGCGAUGGCCCCCUCACCCCAUCACGCCUUCUGGGACCGGCAUGGUCCCCAAGGCUCACAGCUCCGUGCACCUGGCUCCCAGCAGAGGCUGCGCUGGGUCCGCUGAGAGGAUGGAGAGUGCCCAGUUUUGGAACACCAAGGUCGAGAACCCGCCCAAACGGCGGGCGCCCCGCGAGGUGGCCGCGCUUCCCGGCUGCGCCUUCGGGAGACUGGCGCCGGCACUGGCUGGGAGAGGAGCUGGUCCUCGGAAGGGGUCUCUUAACAGACGGGCGCAGUUGGGACCCCAUGGGGGGGACCCCGAGGAUGAAGCGGCAAGUAUCGCGAGAGAGCCCCCUCCCCCGCCGCGUCCCGCGUCCCCUCCCACCCCAGCGCCCCAGAUGGCGGCGCGCGGGGCCCGGCCGGGCGGGGCGGACAGGGAAGGGGCGGCGUGGGUGACCUCAGCGGUUCCGCCGCUCCGGGAAGUCGCCUCGGCCCGCCCCCUCCAGCCCCCGCCCCGAGUUUCGCUCUCUCCGGGGCGGGGCAAGAGGCGAGUGCUGCCGGGCCAGCCAAGUUGGAGCGCGCCCCGCCCGGCGCCCUCCCCGUCCCCGCGCCCUCCCCGCCGGGGCGCGCUGCCCGCAGCUCCGCACGCGCCGGGGCGGCACCGGGGAGGGCGCGCGGCGCGGGCAGCGGCCGGAGAGGAGCUCGGGGCGGCGGAGGUGAGCGCGGGGGGGCGGGCGCCCGUCAUUGCCCGCCCCGCCCGCCGGCCCGCUCCCCGCGGCCGCGCUGCCUUAAAUGGGGCCCCGCGGCGGCGGCGGCGGCGGCAUCUGGCGGGCCGAGCGGCAGCUGGAGGCGGCGCGGAGGCGCGGACUAGGGGCGGCGGCGGCGGCGCGGCGACUCGGGCGUCGGGGGACGCGGCCGGCGGCCGCCCCAGAGUGAAGUUCAGGGGCGCCCGCGCGGGGAGGGGUGCCCCGGGCGGAGACGCGCGCAAGUUCGCGCGGCUCCGGCCCCCUCCGCUGGAGCCCCGGGACCCGCCCCCGCGGCGGAACAGCUCCUGUUUACUUUCGAUCGAGUUUUUCCUGCUCGGGGCAGGUGCCCAGGGCGGCUCCGGGCGGGCAGUCGCCCGCGGCGCCCCGCGCCCCUCUCCCCGCGCUGCCCGCACCCGGGAAGGGCUGGCCGGGCGGCUGGGGGGCGAGUGA